AUGACGUGUUCCAAUCUCAUUUCAGCCGAAGGAAGUGUUUUUUUGGUUUCCCCCCAGAGCCAGCAGAUCUUCAAGCUACAAAAUCAAGUGAAUCUUCAGGAUGCAGGGAAGGAAUCCAGCUCCCAGGAGACAGGCUACUUGUUUGAAACGCUUCUGCAUGUAAAUUCGAUUUGGAGCCGACAGGAAGAUCAGUUACUGGAGAUCUUUAUCAGCGAAAGUCGAGUGCUGGCUUCGGGAAAGGAUCGUUCCAUCACAGCCAUUCCGGACAGACCCUUCUACGUUAGUCUAGUUAAGGGGCAGCCUGAUAAGGUUAUCGCGCAUACAGGCAAAGAUCAAUCGAUUCUGAACUUGGAACGUGGCAUCGCCUCGCUCCUGCAGUUGAGAUUAGAUGGACCAGUCGAAGAGGAACUGGAUGUUUCUGGCCUUUGUCGCGUGGCCUACAAUGUUAAAUCAUCCACGAAGAUUGAGAAAACGAAACGAGAUUGUGCCCUCUGGGAUCUAAGGGUUAACUAUCAUCCCGAGGAAGCCCUAGGAGUUACCCAGCAAUCAAAUGCACUCAACAGCUACGAACUAUCGUCAGAUGGAUCUCUCCUUAAAGCCGAAUCUGUGGAGGAACACCGCCUCACUCUGACAGCCAAGCCGGAUGUGGGAAGCUUGAUAAAGAGUACUCUUACCCUCCAACAUGUGUCCCAGGGACCAGAGGACGUGAAGCAGCUGAGUCUGGACACUUUAGAUGCAGCCAUCGAAAGCCUGCUGGAAUGGAAUCGUGUCUUCCAACUGGAAUCCGAUGUCGAUGGACUAAUCAGCGCGCUUAAAGAGCAAACUCUCCAAGAACAGCUAAAGGCCUCGCUGGAAGAACUGCAAUCUGUUGAUGUUGGAAAAUCAUCACUAGCACUAGCUUAUGUCAAGCUAAUCCCUCUGGCUCGCAUUGCCAAUCAGGAACAAAUCUUGGAGCUACUCAAAGAGCACUCGGAACUGUUGCCGCAGUUGGUGGAUUUGUUGGGUGCUGCCCAGACGUUCGAUGCCCACAAUGCCACCUUCAGUUUUCUUUACAAAGAAGCAGAGACCACAGACGAACAGUUGGACCUGCUGGAGAAGUACUUGCAGUCGUUGGCGGUGGCCACCCAUCCGGAAAGGAUGAUCGUUGAACACUUGAUGGUCUUCCUUCAGUUGGAAGACAUCAAAAAAAGGGAAAAACUGGUGGAUAGCAUCAUUCAAACCCUGGCCUCUUUAACUCGUCAGAGUGAAUUCGAUGUAAAUGAUCCUUUGUUGGAGAAAGUGCGCGCCUUCCUCCUCCAAGGACUGACUUCGAAGGAGCCUACCUUGUAUAUCCGGGCAUUGCAGAAUCUCCGAGACCCAGUAACCAUCGAACCCCUGCUGGAUCAGGCACAGAGUCGCGAGGAGCCCAACCUAUCGGUGGCUGCUCUCCACGCUCUGAAAGCAUUCCCAGUUAGCACUUUUAAUUCCUCGCAUCGCCAGCAGUUUGAGGGAAUUUUCUAUCAGCGGCGACGCCGUUUCGAUAGCUCCGCUCGUACCCUGGCUUUGGACAUUAUCCUUUCGCUGAGACCUAGCCAGGAGCAGUUGGGACAUCUCUUGGACUACUUGGCCUCUACCGAUCGUCAGUUCGAGAUCAAGACCUAUGUCCUGCAGAAGCUCAGAAUGUUGGCCGAACAGUGCCCGAGAUUCAGGGCAUUAUUCAAGACGGAGUUGGUUAAACGCAGUCGCGUCAACAAUUACAAUGUCCUGGGACAGAAGGGUCUCACCACAGUGCUUGCCCGCCAGCUUUCCCUCUCACCCUCCUUCAAUGAAUCCCUGCUGAGCACCCAGGAGGUGUACCAGGGCAUCUUGAAGCGCGGUUCUGUGGAAUUCCUGUUGCAUGCAGGUCGCGCCCAAGCCAGCAGCUUUAAACUGGGAAUCUACACCGCCGGACUGGCCUCCAUGGUGGGCGAUGGCGAUUCUGAUGAUGGCACGGAUAAUAUUCCGGCCGAUGAUGUAUUGGGUGGCGAGGACUCUAUUACCGCCGGCAUGGAGAUCAGCGUUCAGGGCUCCCAGCUUCGGCCCUUGGUCUUUUUCAAUGGAAAUACCGAGCUGAUGGGUCAUGUGUGGGGCGGCACUGCCUCAGACCAGACGCCCGCAUACCAGGCUACAACUUUGGCCCAAGAUCACGAGCACUAUAUCGUUCUGGCAUCGGGAGCCACUCUCCAUUGGCAAAUUUUGGGAGCUAGAAGUGUGGAUCUUAAUGGCAAAGUCAACUUCAGUCUGUGGAAUCGUAAUGCCCAGACGGAGAUCCAACAAAAUACUGGAAGUGCUGUUCUUGGGCAUGUGGCUGUUGGAUUCACAUAUGCCAAGUUGGUCCAGGACUUUACCCUCACCCACGAACCUAAGCUGAGCCUGGAGGCGCAUCUGGACUUUUACAGCGGCAUUAAACUCUGUAUGAAACUGCAGCGCCCAGAGCAACUGCUCAAGCAAACAAGCAUUCGUUCCGUUUUCCUGCAGGCCGUGGAACGACCUUAUGCCAAACAUGUGCGCUCUACUCUGUCCCAUAAAACUGCGGGCUGCACUUUCGCCCUCAACCAAAAGAACAAUGAGAUGUGCAACGUAAUAUUUAGUGAUGAAUAGAGAUUUAUCAAGAGAUUCGUCUUAAAUUCCACACAAAAUGAGAUUCAAGCAAAGGCUUCUAGUAAUGAAUCUAUAUAAACUUUAAACCUAUGUGAAACUCACAGAGAUUAAGACUCGAAAUAGUUGUAAACUCAAACGAACAAAGAUUAAACUUUCUAACAUUUUUUAAGCUGCAAA